AUGUACAUACACAGACACGUACACACACACACACGUACAUACACGCAGACACAUGUACAGAUACACACAUGUACAUACACGCAGACACAUGUACAGAUACACACAUGUACAUACACACACACACACAAAGCCCUAUAAAAAGUUGCAGUACUUCGUUGUUCACUCACAGAGCAGGGUACUGCACUCUAGGGGGAGGCAGAGAGCACAGCACACACUCCUUGCUUUGCACUCAGCUAUUGAGCAGUCUGACGGCUCCCAGUGCCAAUGACAGAUCCGGCCUGAGCUCCGAGCCUGCUCAGCAAGAUGGCCCUGGGGGACACACUCGCCCCCACCAUAAUUUCCACUCGCCAUUGGUGAGCAGACAAGUGGAAAUUUCAAGGCCUCAUUUACAUUACUGU